AGUCAUCGACGUGCAUUCACCGGAGACGCAGCUAAUCGGUGUGUUUGUUUGUUACUUUAGGCAGAAAUUGGCGGCUUUUCGGCGUCCUUGCCUGCAAACAUGUGCUUCAGCUAGGACAGUAAUAGGGAGAGAUCCGUUCGUUGUUAUUUCGUGCGACGGUGUAGUUUUUGUUUUCUGUUAGCGGAGGCAGUGCUAGAUUACACUAUCGUGAGGUGAGGAAAUAACAAAUCGCCAAAAUUCCACUCUACCGGGAUCAUUCACCGUAUCUGUACCAGCUUGUGUACGGAGCCAAACGAAGGCAGCAGCAGGUCAUGCAGGCCAUCGCGUACAACGAGCGAUUCUUCAUUGAGAACUAUUCGCACGUAGACGAAGACGACGACGAUGAGCUGUUUCUGAACUACGAUUGGUCCUCGACGGAUACGAUGUCGGCGAAAAGUAUUACCAGUAUUUCCAGUCAGAAUAACGACAUGGACGGCAGUGGAGAGCGUCUUUCGCUGGCCUACGAAAAAUUGUCGCAAAUUCCGCGUAAAAUCGCGGAGAAAUUCUCACGGACAACCACGAUACUGGACCUAAGCUACAACAAUAUCAAAGAUCUCUCCUUCCUCUCUUACUUCCGGCAGCUGAAUACCCUAAUCCUGGACAAGAAUCCGCUACCGGAUGAGCAAACCUUCCCGUCGCUGCCGAAUCUCGAGCUGCUUUGGCUGAACCACUGUGAUAUCGACAACGUCCAGCGAUGGGUGUACCGGAUUCGGGACUGUUGUCCCUCGCUGCGGUACCUCUCGCUGCUGGGAAAUCCUGGCGCGACGUCCUCCUUCAACGGUAACUCCACGCUCGAGCACAACGACUACCGGAUGAUGGUGAUCAGUGUGCUGCCCCAGCUGCGCUACCUGGAUGACGCCGAAGUGACCGCCUCCCAGCGGGAUCAAGCACGCCAGUUCAAGCACAACAACUACAACAUUGGCCAAACGCCUUUCAACAUUUUCGAAAGUGUCGGCCGGGGUGAACAGAUGGGCCGAAAGGCGGCCCAGCGGAGACCCCGGCGAGCUCGGACGCACGUCUCCGAUGAUUCGUGAGAAGAUGGCUAGCAUUAGUGAAAAACUUACCAAUAUUUUGAUGUCCGACAAACCAAUAUUUUGAUGACAAACGGUCCAUGAACGACCGUUGCUAGAAGCUUGGUAUAGUACGAAUCCAGAAAGGAUGAUCAAUCUUUCUAAAGCUUGUUGUAUUUCUAAGUGUAUAUUUUUACAAGAUAAUAAACUGUUGUUGUGUACAUAAAAUAAAUGUUUUGAAAUUUCCAA